AUGAAGCUUUCUGCUAUCUUGGUUGCAAUUUUUGCCGGAGCUAUCAUGGCAGCUCCUGUUCCGGACAGUCCGAUCCAUGAGCGGGGCAUACCGAAACCAAGCGCCGGGAUUGAAGAACGGGGGCUUGCUCAUGGCGGCUGGGUCGAAGAGAGGGGAGCAAUCGUGGACAAAAAGCCAAUUGCUCAGCGGGGGGCUCUUGAUGCCGGCGGUGAGCUUGAAGAGAGGGGGAUUGGUUAUAAGAGCAGGGUCCAAGAGAGGGGUGGGAUAGUGGCAAAGCCAAUUGCUGAGCGGGGGGUUGCUCAUGGCGGUUUUGGGGAGAUAUUAAGCUCACCUGGACAAGUCCAAAACAAUUGA